GCUAAACUGCAGAAUGUGGUGUUAAACUCCAGUGCUGCCAUGGGGAGCAAUAAACUUCAGGAGAAAGAUGCCACCAGAGCUCCUGGCCAUGAUCUCAGCAAUGGCAGCAGCAAUUUGGAAGCAGCCAGGCGCCUGGCUAAACGCCUCUACCAUCUGGACAGAUUCAAACGGUCCGAUGUGGCAAAGCAUUUGGGUAAAAACAAUGAAUUCAGCAAGCUUGUGGCCGAAGAAUACCUUAAGUUUUUUGACUUCACAGGCAUGACGCUCGACUACUCACUCAGAAGUUUCUUUAAAGCCUUUUCACUUAUCGGAGAAACUCAGGAACGAGAGAGAGUUUUAAUCCACUUCUCCAGCAGAUACUACCAGUGCAACCCAAACACCAUUUCUUCUCAAG